AUUGUCAAUUGAGGGCGCUAUAACAGGCUCACAUCACGAAAGAUAAUGACAGCAUUAACAUUUUGCAUUUAAAAUAAUUAAAAUACUGGAGUAUCAGUCUGCUUUUGUUCAACUGUAGUCACUCACAUCUUCAUGAAUUAAUACGGAUGCCAAGAUGAUGUUGAUUUUGCCUCAGUAAGUUCUGCAGGGACAUGAGAAACGAGGGGCGUGAAUCUUGCACAAACUCCCCGUAUUGCCGUUCGAUUGCGUUGAACCAGUUCCGGGAAAACUAGAGCGAUGCCUGGGUGCUGUAACUGCCUGUCAUCAUGUAAGCCUCGGUACAAGCGUUUGGUGGACAGCAUAUUCCCAGCGGAUCCCGAGGAUGGCUUGGUGCGUAGUAACAUGGAGAAGCUGACUUUCUACGCCGUCUCUCAUAAUGAGAAACUGGAUCGUAUUGGAGGAUACCUGGCCCACCGACUGGACAGAGAUGUCUACCGACAGAGGAUUGGAUACGUAGUCAUCUCAAUGCAGGCUCUGGAUCAGCUCCUCCUGGCUUGCCACGCCCAGAGCCUGAAUCUCUUCGUGGAGAGUUUCCUCAGGAUGGUCCACAAGUUGCUAGAGUCCAACAUGCCUGAGCUGCAGAUACUUGGAACAAACUCAUUUGUGAAGUUUUCUCAGAUUGAGGAGGACACACCGUCUUACCAUCGCACCUACGAUUUCUUCAUCUCGAAGUUUGCCUCUAUGUGUCACAACAACAGCGACCACGCAGAAACAAGACGCAAAAUUCGUCUAGCUGGCCUCAAGGGCUUACAGGGUGUAGUGCGCAAGACAGUCAGCGACGAACUACAAGUUAAUAUCUGGGACACCACCUACAUGGACAAAAUUGUCCCUUCUUUUCUCUUCAACAUGAACGAGGGGUUCGACAGUCACGAGUCUCCAGUUCAUGAUCACCCAGAGGAGAAGCCUGAGGUGUUGGCUGAUUCCUGUCUUCGUGAUGUCAUGAGACGUGCAGCCUACGCAAACAUCCAUACAGUCAUCAAGCCUGUACUCAAACACCUAGACCUGCAUGAGUUGUGGGUGCCCAACAACUUUGCCAUUAAAGUCUUCAAAGGAAUCAUGUACUCCAUACAGUCCCAGUACCGCUAUGUCACGCCCCACUUUCUACUGCUCCACCUGGACGAGCACAUGAAGAACACGCCGAAGAUCAAACGCAGCAUCGUGGAGAUUCUCAAGGAGAUUGUGGCCAUCGCCGCAGAUGGCGCGGUGGGGCCCUCGGUCCUUGAGAUCUUCAACACCCUCUUGCGACACUUACGGAUGUCCGUGGACGAACGUCUGUCCGGGGGACAGGCAUCGUCCACUGACCGCUCGGCCUCUAGCUCCAAGAAGACAAAGCAGAAAUUUGAUGAGAACGAGGAGAUAUUAUUCGAGGAGGCAAUCAUUGACACGAUUGGUGCCUUUGCCAACAUCCUCCCUGAUUACCAGAAGAUUGAAAUCAUGAUGUUCAUCAUGGGCAAGGUUCCCAUGCCUAGAGACCGUAGCAGCACAGUACUACAGGAAGAGGAUCAUCCCCUAUCACUGGAACCCAAAGGGGAAGGAGACAUUCUUGUUCAGGACAUGCUUCUCAAGAGUUUAUUGGAGGUGGGCACAAAGUACACCACUGUCUCCAUGGCAACUACCUUCCCAGCAUCCUUCUUUCAGCCUCUUCUCAACAUGUCUGUCAUUACAAAUCCAGGUAUCCGUGUCAUUGUACAAGAGAUUCUCCACACGCUCAUUGACCGACGUGAUAACGUCAUCAAGCUAUAUGCGAACCGUGGUAUUGUCAAGAACAUCGCUGACCUCGAACUGAAAUGUGAAAAGGCUUCGCGGCAGGAUAUCAUGUUCAUGAGAAAGCACGGAGCAGAGUUCCAGUGGCACAUCUUUGAGAACCUGAUCCGGGUCAAGAACACCACCAAGAACUUUGUGGCCAUCUACUGCACCAUGGCGCUGCUGUGCGUGGAGCUUGGGACAGACGAUAUCCUGGUGGAUUUGGUCAAACUGGCCCUGGCUCUGCAGGAUCAUGCCUGCGACCCCAACUGCAAAAUGCCCCUGACUCACCUGUACGCUAUCCACAGCAUCGUCGCCCAGUACUUGAAUCUGAUUGGUCAGUUGACUGCCAUUCCGUCGUUGUGCCAGCACAUCUCCCAGGUCAUUGAGGAGAGACGCAAGAGCGCCCCCUAUCUUCUCCCGCCAAUAAGCGUGGAGGACAAAGUUCCGGCAACAAGUCCAAGAGGUGUGGCUCCCGACCUGCUUUUCCAUGUCGACAGCAUCAGCGAGGCGCUAGCCAGCAGCGGCCAUGAUGUCACGCGUCUCUCUCUUCCAUACAUCCAUGUUCAGGAACCACAAAAUGUUGACACUCGACCGAGGAGUUUGACGGAUGUUGGCUCCAUUAAUGUUGACUUUGAGCUACUCCACUCAUCACCAACAGCUGGACGGAAACGGCCGCCAGAGGAGGUGACCUUCGAGAGUUUGAAGCAGGUCUUGAUCAGCGGUAUAAACGACAGCUCGGCUGAAGACGAACGGCAGAAGAGGCUAGAUGUGCUUCAUAGCUUCCAGAACUCCACACUGGAUGAGCUAGCUGCGGCAGCGGACACCAGGAAUGAAAAAUGGCAGCAGAAGUUGAAUGAUAUUCUUGACACGGUAACAAAAAGCCCUCAGACACCAGCAGGAAGCCCCACCAGGCCUGAUCCCUCAACACCGCUACAGUUCCAAUCCAUCCCAACCUACGAGAUGAAAUUCCCAGAACUCUGCGUCUACUAACCUAACCGUCUCAGACCACGGAUCCUCUACACAAGGAUAAACAACUUCCCCAAAUUUCUGGUUAGACGCGUGAUACGGCACUUGCGCCUCGUGCGUGCACGUGCGCACAUGUGCGCGAGACUCGGCACGCAACUGUAGUCUUUUUGUGCUCAAAUUUCUGUCAGGACGCCAGCUGUCGGCGAUCAUGGCGGGCACGCAUUGUUCUACAUGUUCUAUGCGUUGUUCUAUGCCCGGAUGCGGCAUAUCACGCAUGCGGACAAUCCGUUCCGUACAUUUUGUACACAAGCUCAGAUGAGUCGUUUAUCCUUGUGUAGAGGAUCCGUGCUCAGACUCAGUUCUGGAGGAUUUUACUAUGGUCUCCGUGCACAAGUACCCCCUCAACGAUUACGGGAGAGUUGGGGGAGACCACUGGCAUACAUUGCCAACAGUGCCUGACGCUCAAGCGAAGAUGCUAUGCUUUGUGCACAUUCAGAUUAAAAUGAGUUGUGUGUACUUCGCGCCAUAUGCGUGCGAGUCAGUAUUGUUGAUGUACCCUAAUGUGGCGCGGCCCCUAACGUGGCGCACUUUGAUUUUUCGCCUGUAGCGCCUAGCUAGAGCAAAAGUUUUAACUGAAAUU